AUGGAUAUAUUCGAAGAGAAAGUAAAACUGGGAAUGGAUGGCGGCGAUGGCGGAUGGCAGGAUAUUCUCGCCUGGUUUCUAAAAGAGAAGGAGCGAGGAUUCCAGCAAACUCCAUGGUCACUUGUAGCCCUGUGGUAUAUCAAAAAAGGGAAUCACCCGAUUGCCGCCUAUGAUGGGCUGGCAAGAGGAUUGGCAUCAUUCGACAACGGAGCACCACAGAGACCACCCAAACCAUACAUGUGGAUAGAAAGCCAUAGAACUUAUCGAAAUAUGACAGGAACUUGCAGAACGGUCGAUGAUGAAGAGGUGGAAGAAAUAAUUGAAAAGGAAGAACUUCAUAGGGUCCCAAUCUACUUUUAUGACCAUUAUGCACCUAUCGAUGACUACUGGCCAAUAGAUGAAGUGGAUAACCUUAAAGUUGAAGAGGAAGGGGCGAAGGAAGAGGAGUUUAUUGACAAUAACCUGCUAAAUGAAGUGUCGCUGAAUUUACUCUUUGAUGAGGGGGUCACUGAUGAUGAAAUAAGGGCUUUAAAAUACAAAAUAAAAAAUGCUGACUCCGACUCUAGUUCUGAUUCUGAUUCUGAUUCCGAUUCUGAUUCCGAGUCAACCCAGUCUGAGUCUAGUCUUUCGUCUUUCCAAACUAUUGAGGCUGAUAGUGAGGAUAGCCUUGUUAAAACACCAAGGCAUAACAUCUAUUUUGAAUUUGACUCUGCAAUGUCUUUUGAAAAUUCUAGCAAUGAGAAAGAGGAUUUAGAGAAUUUCACUUUGCCUAUGAUUAAUUGUGUGGAUUUUGAUAAUCCAAUUUUUGAGGAAGAAAUUCCAAAGAAAAUUCUAGAGUUCAUCGAGAGAGAAGAAGAGAGGCACGCCAAACUUUUUUCUAAGGAAAUAAUCACAACAAACAUACCAAAGGACGACUUUCUGCUGCCUCAUAUAGACGAAUUGGUGGAUAAUACCGCAGGACAUGCAUUGCUAUCUUUCAUGGACGGGUUUUCUGGGUAUAAUCAGAUUCUGAUGUCUCCCGAGGAUAGGGAGAAAACCACUUUCACUAUGCCGUGGGGAACUUAUUGCUACCGAGUAAUGCCAUUUGGGUUGAAAAACACUGGAGCUUCUUACCAAAGAAUGGCCACGACACUCCUGCACAACAUGAUGCGAAAAGAGGUAGAGGUGUAUGUCGAUGAUAUGAUAGUAAAAUCAAAGGAAAGGGAAGGACAUUAUGAAGCACUUCGGAAGUUCUUUGAGAGGAUCCGAAUAUAUAAGUUACGUCUUAAUCCUCAAAAAUGCACUUUCAAAGUGACUGCUGGAAAAAUGCUAGGAUUUCUUAUCACCCAGAGAGGAAUCGAAGUAGACCCUUCUAAGAUACAAGCUAUCAUGGAGAUACCACCGCCAAAGACAGAGAAGGAAGUAAGGAGUUUUCUGGGAAAGGUGCAAAUCAUCAGCAGGUUUAUUUCCAAGCUCACAGACACUUGCGAACCUCUUUUCAAGCUCUUGAAGAAAGGAACAGAUUUCGAAUGGAAUCAAGACUAUCAAUAG